CUUUGGAAAGUUUGACUAGUAAACAAUUCAACGAAUAAAAGUUGAGCGCUGCGUAUAAAAGAUAAAUUUGGCAACGUCGUUAAUUUAUACCCGUACACGUCUGCUUAAAAUAGUUGAAUCAAAACCCUGAGAUAUUCAGUCAUUCACGAAGCAGUUGGGAAGUGUGGUCGCUUUCGUAAUAAAACAGCUGCCACGUGAUCACCGUAACUUUGAGAUCUCUGACGUUUUUUUUUUAAAUUCAUAUUUGAGUGUAAUUAAAAUAGUGAAAAAAAAUGUAUACAAUUGUUAAUGAUAUUAAAUGCAGAUUUACCGUUUGGUCGGCGCUAAUAAUAACACUAUUUACAACAAUAGUUAAAGGUCAAGAUCGAUGUAGUUUCCAGAAUUUCAUAGAAUGCGCCAAGCCACUCUCGGUAUUAACAGAUUCCGGAUUAACAUUUUUCAACAGCAAGCAAGAUUUAGAAAAAGUGUGCCCAAACUUGAAAGAAGCCAUUAGAUGCAUUCACGGUUUUACAAGGCAUUGCAUGAAUAAAGAAGACAGACAACAUUUCAAAGAAUUGUUUCGUGGAACAGGCUCAAUGGUGCACGAACUGUGCAGAGAGGGGCAUUAUCAACAAGAAUAUCUGAAGCACGCUCCUUGCAUGACUGAAAUUUCAACUGAAAAUGAAAGGUGUUUCGAAAAUUACACCAUCGCCAUGGAUAAACUGAAAUCGAACACCAUGCAAGUGGAUUCAUCUUUAAUAGAUAUAACUAGCGAAUUGAAGAAAAAAAGGGCGAUAGCUGACGAGGGGAUAAGAAAUGUUUGUUGUGCAUUCCAAGAAUAUAUUGAAUGUUCUACCACGGCCGUUAGGAAUAAAUGCGGUUACAAUACAGCUGAAUUUAGUAGAAACUUUUUGAAUAAAAUGUCCUCUACGAUGUUAAACGUGCAUUGUACAGAAUAUGGCAAAAGACAAUGCGGUUUAUCGGAUUCUAUGUCGUUGCCUUCUAGUUCAUCGACAGUACAAGCAGUGUUAAGUUUAACAACAACAGUAAUAAGUUUACAAUUUCUAUUACGGUAGUAGGUUUAAAAAAUGCAGCAUUUAAUUAUAAAAUGCGUAAAUUGUGAUUUCUAAUAGUACUGAUUUGAAAAACGUAUUUGUAAGUAGGAAAGAUACUGAUAGAUAUUGAAUUCCAUUAGUUAAAAUUUUUCAUCGUUUGAUAGGAAAUAUUUAUUUCGAAUAACAUCACACAAAUACCAAAGUCGUGUAUAGAAAAUAAUAAUUGGAAAAAAAAUUGUUAUCAUUACCAUGAGAUAUGAGAUUUCACCCAAUGUUGCCAAUAUCGGAGUUUAUAAUAAUAAUUUGAAUAAUUAGUGUGUGGUCAGCUACAGCUGAUAUAUUAAUUUGUUUAAAAAUCGUUUAGUGAUGAAAAUUUCAAGCAAAUUUCCAAUAUAAAUCAUUUUAUUAUUUCUAUAAAAAAAUUUACACUGUAAUUUUCAAAAUAUAUAUAUUUAUGGUCGUUUGGUCAUUACUCUUGAAUGAAUUAUUAAUAUAUUCACACCAUUAAUAAUACUGGGGAGCGAUUUGGCUGUGGAAGAAAAACUACAUUUUUUUUAACACUAUGUCGAACAUAAUUUAUUGUAACUUGUAAUUUGUCAAGAAUCGAAAAAUUAAAUAUUUAAAAUUCUGUCUAGAUUCCACCUUUGGAUAUUGAUUUGAAUUUUUUACACAUGCAAUUCAAUAAAUUUUUAAUCAUUUUUGUUGUAAUUCUCUAAAUUACAACCUGACACAUUUACUCAUAAAAAAAUGUUAAUCUUAUGGUUAAUUUAACAGUAAAUAAAUUGUCUUAUGUUAAGACCUUUAAAUAAUCGAUAUUGUACGAUUUGGGGGUGGAAUUCUCAUAGUUAUUAUCGACAUACAUCGCAUUAUUUAUUGUAAUAUUAAUUCGAACAUAUCGAAGAAUGAAAGUGUAUGUAAAUACUGUUAAAAGUAGAGUGUAGUUAUUUAUUGUUUAUAUGAAAGUAUGAAUCUUCCUGCAAGAAUGGUUGUUGUAUGGUAUCGAUAGAUACUAGUUCCACAUUUCCAUACAUUUUUUAAUAAUGCCAUUUAUUUGCACAAUUGUAUUGAAUUUAGUAUUUUGGCAACACUAGGAUCUUAUUUAGUACUUCAGAUAAAAAAAAUUAGUAUUAAAGUAGGUUUUAAAUUGUUUUUAUUUGAAGUUCAAUUCUAAUGGUAUACAUUCCUCAAAUCUAACCCGUUUACAAUAAAAACUUUAGUGGUUGAAUUAUUCCAAACGGGUAACUACCGUUUUCGAUUUAUGUCCAAUUUUUGGACAUGACUCCGAAAAUUGCAGGAUGUUACUAAUGUUUUUAUUUGGUAUUUGUUUUAUCCUUAGAAAUAUAUACUUUUAGAAUUGUCAAGUUCUUGGCAGUGUUGAUAAAUUGUUAUUAUUUUUGAAUAAAGAAAGUAAUAAGUUA